AUGGUGUUGCAGGGGACUGCGCUGAGGUUUGCCAGCUGUAGAAAAACAGUCUUGAAAAUGUUGUCCAGACUCUUCCGAAUGCAUGGCCUUUUUGUAGCCUCUCAUCCAUGGGAAGUCAUUGUGGGAACAGUGACUCUCACCAUUUGUAUGAUGUCGAUGAAGAUGUUCACUGGGAAUGAUAAGAUCUGUGGCUGGAAUUACGAGUGCCCCAAGCUUGAAGAAGAUGUUCUGAGCAGUGACAUCAUCAUCCUGACAAUCACACGCUGUAUAGCAAUCCUUUAUAUAUAUUUCCAGUUUCAGAACCUAAGGCAGCUUGGCUCAAAAUACAUUUUAGGUAUUGCUGGGCUCUUCACAAUCUUCUCAAGUUUUGUUUUCAGCACAGUCGUAAUUCACUUCUUGGAUAAAGAACUGACAGGUUUAAAUGAAGCUUUACCAUUCUUCCUGCUUCUGAUUGAUCUGUCAAGAGCAAGCGCAUUAGCGAAAUUUGCACUCAGUUCCAACUCACAGGAUGAAGUAAGAGAAAAUAUUUCACGUGGAAUGGCAAUUUUAGGCCCUACAUUUACACUGGAUGCACUAGUGGAGUGUCUUGUGAUCGGUGUUGGUACUAUGUCAGGUGUACGACAACUUGAAAUUAUGUGCUGCUUUGGCUGUAUGUCUGUUCUUGCCAACUACUUUGUCUUCAUGACCUUCUUUCCAGCUUGUGUGUCCUUGGUGUUGGAGCUUUCGAGAGAGAGCCGUGAAGGGCGUCCUAUAUGGCAGCUUAGCCAUUUUGCUCGUGUUCUGGAAGAAGAGGAAAAUAAACCAAAUCCUGUAACACAGAGGGUCAAAAUUAUUAUGUCUCUAGGUUUGGUUCUUGUUCAUGCCCACAGCCGUUGGAUAGCAGAACCAGCUGCCCAAAACAAUACUGUAGAAAAUUCAAUGGGAUUGGAUGAGAAUGCACCAAAGAGGAUUGAACCUAAUGUUUCAUUGUGGCAGUUCUACCUUUCUCGAAUGGCCAGUAUGGAUAUCGAACAAGUAAUCACUCUUGGAUUAGCCCUUCUCCUUGCUGUCAAAUACAUUUUCUUUGAGAAAGCAGAGACUGAAUCCACACUCUCACUGAAGAAUCCCAUAACAUCCCCAGUGAUGGUCCAGAAGAAGGUCCCUGAGAAUUGUUGCAGGAAACAAUCAGGACUUCAGAAAAAAAGCCAGAAAUCUAACACAGUAGAAGCAGCUUUGGUUCCCAAAGAUGGAAAUGACGAAGUCAUAAAACCUGUUUUAGCGGAGUCAUCAACCAAGGCUACAUUUGUAGUUGGCAGUUGCAACCCCGUGGAAACAUCUUCAUUCCUUAAUGGAAAAGAGGAAGAAAUUGAGUUACCUAAAGAGCCACGCUCUAUUGAGGAAUGUGUUCGUAUACUUGGAAAUGCAGAGAAAGGAGCAAAAUUCCUAACUGAUGCUGAGGUUAUCAGCUUAGUUAAUGCUAAGCAUAUUCCUGCAUACAAAUUGGAAACCCUGAUGGAAACUCAGGAACGAGGCGUUUCCAUUCGCAGACAGAUGUUAUCUAAGAAACUCCCUGAACCUUCAUCUUUGCAGUAUCUUCCUUACAGGAAUUACAAUUAUUCUUUGGUUAUGGGAGCUUGCUGUGAAAACGUGAUUGGAUACAUGCCUAUUCCUGUAGGCGUAGCAGGACCACUGUUUUUGGAUAACAAAGAGUUUCAGGUGCCAAUGGCAACAACAGAAGGAUGUCUCGUAGCAAGCACAAACAGAGGAUGCAGAGCAAUAUGUCUUGGUGGAGGAGCAAGUAGCUGCAUUCUGGCAGAUGGGAUGACCCGAGGACCUGUUGUAAGACUGCCCACUGCUUGCCAGGCUGCAGAAGUUAAAGCUUGGCUUGAAAGCCCUGAAGGCUUUAAAAUAAUGAAGGAAGCUUUUGACAGCACAAGUAGGUUUGCCCGCUUACAGAAACUUCUCAUCAGUUUGGCUGGUCGUAACCUUUAUAUCCGUUUUCAGUCUGGAACAGGGGAUGCAAUGGGAAUGAAUAUGAUUUCAAAAGGUACUGAAAAAGCACUGACAAGGUUGAAUGAAGAGUUUCCUGAUCUACAGGUCAUAGCUAUUAGUGGUAACUAUUGUACAGACAAAAAACCUGCUGCUAUAAACUGGAUAGAAGGAAGAGGGAAAUCCGUUGUCUGUGAAGCAGUCAUUCCAGCCAAGGUUGUUAGAGAAGUAUUGAAGACAACUACAGAAGAUCUAGUUGAAGUGAAUAUAAACAAAAACUUGGUGGGUUCUGCGAUGGCUGGUAGCAUAGGUGGCUACAAUGCACAUGCAGCAAACAUUGUCACAGCUAUCUACAUUGCCUGUGGUCAGGAUGCUGCGCAGAAUGUGGGCAGCUCUAAUUGCAUCACUUUGAUGGAGCGAACUGGUGCCACCAAUGAAGACCUGUAUAUCAGCUGCACAAUGCCUUCUAUAGAAAUAGGAACUGUUGGUGGGGGCACCAACUUGCUCCCACAGCAGGCCUGUUUGCAGAUGUUAGGGGUUCAAGGUGCAAGCCAAGAUAACCCUGGUGAAAAUGCCCGUCAGCUUGCUAAAAUUGUUUGUGCUACAGUGAUGGCAGGGGAACUGUCACUAAUGGCAGCUCUUGCAGCUGGGCAUCUAGUCAAAAGCCACAUGAUCCACAACAGGUCAAAAAUAAAUCUACAAGAUCUUCAAGGAACCUGUACUAAGAAAGCAGCUUGAAUACUAAGAAGGCUUUGAAAUUAAGAAUUGUUCUGGCAACUGACUGGAUGAACAGGAAAAAAAAUAAUCUGUCACGUUUAGAAU